UCUUAUGAUCAUUGAUCACGUGUAUGUGAAUUUAAUUCACGUGUAAUUUUUUAGUAAAUAACUGAUCCUUAUUUCACGUAAAUUUAAAGCAUAAUAUUUAUUAAAUGUGUUAAAUUAUAAUAUAAUAUUAAUAAAUAUAUGUGUUAAUAGUUGCUGCAAAAACUAAAAAUUAAAAGUAUCUGUACCAUCUGUUCGAAAAACAUAUGUUUCAUAAGCAGUAUUAUCAUAAAAAGGUAGGAAGAGUGAAGUAAACACUUCUGGCUCAAAUAAACAACUGAUCACCGAUCACUGCUGUGUAGAAACUGGAAACCAUUGGAAUAGGAGGUAUAUUAAUAAAAUAUUCACAUUAAAUAAAUUUGUGGAUUUACACAUAAUUAAUCUCGCAGGCUCUGUGAAUUUUAAAUAGAUGGGUCUAUUAUGUAGACGAUUAUUAUUAUUAUAUAGUUAUGUAGAAUAUAAUUAUAUAAAUAAAAAUGUUUAGAUAAAUAUAUUUAUUUAUUAAAUAUGUAAUUAUUAUAAUAAUAAGUCAUCGAUUUUUGUUAUAUUAAUUGUAUUUAAUUAUAAUUUUUUUUUAUAGUAAUUUUAAAUUGUAUUCAAGUAUAAAAGUUACGGUAGGUACUUAUUACUAAUAAUUACCUACUUUUGUUUUUAAAUGAUAGAUAUUUAUUAACUCCUGAAUAUGUUGUUAGAGCAUAAUAUUAUAGAUAUUAUUAUAUUAAAUAUUAAUAAAUACGAAAUCUUAAACAAUUUUAAUUCGAUUAAGGUACAUAAAGUAUACACUGGCAGCAAUGUUAAUGUGAUAAAGAAUAAUCAAAGAUGUCGCGAAGUCUUAUUAAUAAAAUUUGAUAGGUUAUAGGUAUGACGAAAUAACAUUUUAAAAUUGAAAAUUAAUAUUACAUUUUUUUGUACAGAGUUAAUUAUUUAUUAAAUUGAAACAAGAAAAAUGUUGAUUAAUACUUAUAUUUACUUAUAGGCUAUAGGCUAUAAGUAUUAUUAUUGAAAAUAAGUCUUGUGAUUUUAUUUUUCUUUAUUUUCUUAAUAAUCUAGCUUACCAAAAUUUCUAUCACGCCCUCAAAUGAUCAAAAAAAAAAAAAAAAAUUAACUGAAGUUUAAUGACACCAUACAAUAGUUUAUAUAGAUUAUGCGAAUUGUGGUGUUAUCGCUAUGGAAUAUGGAUGACUGGAGGAGAAAAAAAAUGAAGUUUUAUUAAACUUAUUUUAUUUUAACUGAAUCAUUUAUCAUAACGUAUCCAUCGUUCAUAAGUAUUAUAAAGUAUAAAGUUUAUUGAAUUGAAUCAGCGAAUAAAAAUAAAUAUGUCUUAAUAUUAUUUUUUAUAUAGGUACCUACUUAUUUUAAGAAUUUUAAUUUGAUUCAAGACAAACACUAAAGUAAUUUAAAAUUCUAUUAUAAUAUGAACAUUUAAAUUUCAACCAACAUUAUAAAAAAAAACAAGCAACACAUUUUAUUACAAUUAAAAAUGUAUUUAAUGGUAUUUAUUCCAAUAUCAUACUUAAUUUUUUUAAUUCAAAUAUUCUAAUAAAUAAGAACGUGUAUGACAUUUUUAUAAAUGCACUUCACUAGUGUAGACGUACUUACAUUAAACGUGUUUAUUGCUCACUUAUCUUAUCUCGACGUUUAGUGUCCAAAUAAAACGAAUUCAGGGUUGUCUUCAGUUGUCCAUAUUGUUUCAAUUGAGUACUUAAAAUGAAGUUCUCAACGAAUUUUGAACUUUGGUACCAAAUAAAAGCAAUGACAAUUAGAAAUAUGCUCAUUAAACGGAGGGAAGUCAAAAAAACGUUGUCAGAAAUUGCUAUUCCGGUGUACACAUUAGGCCUUUUAGUUGCGAUAAAAUUAUUGAUACCUAAUCCUCAUUUUCCCCCAGUAACUGUACCUCAAGAAUCUCCUGAUAUGUAUAAUUAUUUAUACGGAAAUAUAACUGUGGCUCCAUCGACAAAAAACGUCCAGAUGUUUUUAGAAAAAAUGAAUGAAAUUUGGAUGCAACGAGACGGAGAAAAAAUUAAUUUUAGCAUUUAUCAAAACAAAGAUGAAAUAUCUGAAAUACAAAGAAAUAAUCCAGAAAUGGUUUACAUAGCCUUAUUAUUCGAUGAUGAUCCUAUUCAAAAUCAUUCGAUAAGUUAUAAGAUUCGUACUAAUCCGUUUUAUGAUUCAUCACCAUUACCAUCUAAACUUUAUGGAUCCAGCCAUCAAUGUCGAAAAAUAUCUGCUAAUAAAUUAACAAAAAAGUUUCUCCAUCGACAUCACCAUAAUAACAAUCUACACAAUGAAGAAAUAUCUUGUCCAGCAAUUCAUUACAUAUACUCAGGAUUUAUAGCCCUUCAGUCACUAGUUGAUAUCACCAAGAUUUCUCUGGUCACUAAUUCGUCUAUAACAUUACCAGAUUACAGUUUUAUUCUUUUUCCUAAACCGGCUUAUACAGCAAAUUGGUUAAUGGUGUUUCAUAAGGUUAUACCUCUUUAUGUAGUAAUUGCCUUAUCACAAUUUGUUACAUAUCUUUUAGUACAGUUAGUUGGUGAAAAAGAAAGGAAGAUAAAAGAAGGAAUGAAAAUAAUGGGUCUUAGAGAAUUGGUAUUUUGGUGUUCAUGGUUCAACAUCUAUACAGCUUAUGUAAUAGUACUUUCAUUAGCCAGUACUAUAAUAUUAUACUUACUAGGAGUUUUCAAUAACACUAACUGGAUAUUAAUAUUUUUAUUAGUAUUUUUGUACUCGAUUACAGUUAUUUUCUUCAGUUUUAUGAUUUCUCCAUUCUUCGACAAAUCACGAACAGCUGGAAUUCUGGGAAAUUUUGUACUGAAUUUGAUAAGUCUAAUGUAUUUUUUGCAUACUUUUAUUAACCCGUCAAGUAAAAAACUAUUGUGGUUAAUAUCAUUAUUAAGUCCAUCUGGUUUUGCAUUAGCUAUUGAUAAAGCUAUGGAAAUGGACUUGGCGGGCGAAGGUCUUCAUUUCAGUAACAUUUGGGAUGGUCCAGGAAUGUCGUUUGGCGAAAGUUUAUUAAUAAUGGCAUUUGAUGCACUUCUAUACGUGAUUCUAGCUUAUUAUUUUGACAUGGUUUUGUCGAGCCAAUAUGAACAAAAUCGAUCUCUUUGGGCUUGUUUCAAAACUUCAUAUUGGUGUGCUAAAGUUCCAGAAUCAAUAGAAUUUGAUGAGAUCGAUAGAUAUACUGUCUCAAAUCCUGAUUUAGAACCUGUACCAGAGUCCAUGAAAGAACUUAAGGCAAUUCAAAUAAUAAAUCUCUGCAAGUCUUUCAAAAGAUCAACCAAAAAUGUUAUAAACGGAAUAAAUAUGACAAUAUACGAAGGAGAAAUAACUGCUAUCUUAGGACACAAUGGUGCUGGGAAAACAACAUUAUUUAAUAUACUAACGGGACUAACUGAACCAACAUCUGGCACAAUCAAAGUAUUCGGUUAUGAUGUUAGAAAUCCAUCUGAUGUGAUUAAAAUAAGAAGAAUGAUUGGCGUUUGUCCACAAUAUGAUAUAUUAUUCGAACGACUUACUCCUAGAGAACAUUUAAAAUUUUUUGCUACUCUUAGAGGACUUACUUCAGAAAAAAUUGAUGAUGAAGUUCAAAGAAUGCUUUUAGAACUUUAUUUAACAGAUAAAGCAGAUAAUAUAGCAAAAACUUUAAGUGGAGGACAAAAACGAAAGUUGUCUGUUGGUAUUGCAGUAAUUGGAAAUCCAAAGAUAAUAAUACUCGAUGAACCUACCGCAGGUGUUGAUCCACCAGCAAGAAGACAUUUAUGGUCACUUCUUCAAAAGAGAAAAAAAGGAAAGGUGAUACUAUUAACAACUCAUUUUAUGGACGAAGCUGACAUCUUAGCUGAUCGUAUAGCUGUAAUAUCAAAAGGUUGUGUAAGAUGUUGUGGUUCUUCUAUAUUCCUUAAAAAUAAAUUUGGUAUUGGAUAUCAUUUAACAUUGAUUCUCAAUAACAACGCAAAGGAAAAUUCUAUAGUGAAAAUGAUUAAAGAACACGUACCAAAUGCAGAACGAGCUAGACGCCAUGGAUACGAGUUAUCUUUUGUACUACCGUAUGACAGUGUGAAUAAAUUCCCGCCUCUGUUUGGAAGAAUUGAAACAGAAAUUAAAUCUUCAACUAACGAGUUGGGUAUUGAAAACUAUGGUGUAUCAAUGACUACUUUAGAAGAAGUAUUUUUGUUUCUUGAACAAGGUCAACAUGACAAUUCUGGGAAAUUAGCAAUUGAAUUAUUAAAAGGACAGUCGAUGACAAAUUGUAAUAGAGGAUCAAUUGGUACAAUACACAAUGUUACUGUAAGAUCAAGCAUUAUAUACGAUCCAACUAAUUGGGGUACAAUCAUUGCUCUUUUAAAAAUGCGAACUAAACGAGUAUUGCGUGAUGUUCAUAAACUUUAUGUUAUGAUAUUAUUACCUGUCGUAUUCUUGGCUACUGGAAUUAUCUUGAACAAAUUAAGUCAUGAAAUUCAGCCAAUACGAAGUAUUACUUUAAAUAAUGAUAUAUAUAAAGAAGACAGUCGAUUAGUCGUAACUUCUAAAGAAUUUUCAAAUUAUUCAACGCUGGAUUCAGAUUUUUAUGCUGGCACAUUUUCUGGAUUAUUAGAUUUGCCUUCUCACCUAGGAGCUUUGCGAGAGCGGCACACGCACAAUAAGACUUAUUAUUCAAUAUUAGCACUUACAGUUUAUUAUAACGACUCAUUUAUACAUUCAUUACCAAUAAUAUUGAAUUCUAUUACAAGCACCUUACUUGGAGAUCAAAUUGAUAUCAAAACAGAACCGUUUAAAAUGGAAUACAAACAAAAUGAGUACAGCUUUAGUCGUUGUUCAUCUGCAUUUUUCUUAGGCAUAGUAUUUGUUUUAGUUCCAGUGAGUCUAUCUGCUGAUCUAGUCUAUGAUAGAGAGAUUAAAGCCAAAAAUCAACUUCGUAUCAACGGUGUAACUUUUAUGCAAUAUUUCAGUUCUUAUUUUAUUCUUUUAAUUUCAAUGUUACUUGGCAUAUUCUUAAUACUUAUAAUUCUUAUAGCUUUAUUUCAUGUUGAAGGUUUAGAUUCUCCUUUUGCAAUAAUAACCAUGGUAAUAUUACUUAUAGCAUAUUGCCCUGCUGCAAUAUUAGCUACAGCGUGUGUAUCAUAUUUUUUUGAAAAAACUGAUUCAGUACAGUCUAUACUACCAAAUGUGACCUCACUAAUUGGUGGUGUACCUUUUAUAAUAGUAGCUUCACUAGAUAUGUUGGGUAUUCUAAGUGAUUUGGGAUUUGCACUUCAUGUUUUAUUUUCUUCUACUAAUUUCGUCUAUGUGCCUUUUGCCAUAAUUUACUUUAUAAAUAGUGUAUACCGAGAAAACGAUGAUCAUGUUCCUUUUAUAAAAUAUGUCAAUAAAGAAAUAGUUGCAAUUUUAAUGGGUUGCAUAGGCCAGAUUCCAGCAUUAUGGGUUAUUUUAAAGAUAUUAGAUUCUAAAUCAAAAAAUAAAAAAACUUCAACAAUUACUAUUGACACCCAAGAUGAGGGGGAUGAUGAUGUAAAAACUGAACGGAUCAAAGUAAAUAAUAUUGUCAACGAUCAGGUGGAUUGGCCAGUUAUUGUUGUUCAGAAUUUAAAAAAAGAAUUUUCAACUCAAAAUAUGAAAUCAAAUAUAAAUUGUUUAAUAAAAAAAAAGUGUAUGGAUACAAAUAAUGAGAGAAAACUUGCAAUCCGAAAUUUAUCAUUAGCGGUAAAUUCAGGAGAAGUUCUCGGAUUGUUAGGUCAUAAUGGUGCUGGAAAAACUACAACUAUGCGUAUUAUCACUAUGGAAGAAAAAGAGUCAUCAGGAAAAAUAUUUAUUAAAGGACAUGAUAUUCAAGAAUCUGUAGACAUUGCAUAUAGAAUGAUUGGAUAUUGUCCUCAACAUGAUGCUUUAUGGAGUUCAUUAACAAUCAGAGAACACUUACAUGUUUAUGGUGCUAUUCGAGGAAUCUCAAAAGAUCAAAUUAAAAAUAUUGUCGAGAAAUAUAUUGAGGGCCUUCAAAUAACUGAACAUGCAGAUAAACAGGUCAGUUGUUGUUCAGGUGGAACAAGACGAAAAUUAAGCUUUGCUUUAGCAAUGAUUGGAAAUCCAAAGUUGGUAUUGCUGGACGAACCUAGUACCGGUAUGGAUCCAAGGUCAAAGAGAUAUUUAUGGGAUGCUAUAAUUAGCAGUUUCCAAGGAUCUAAAGGUGCAAUUUUAACCACACAUUCAAUGGAAGAGGCAGAUGCGUUGUGUUCCAGAGUUGGAAUAAUGGUUAAAGGCCAGCUCAGAUGUUUGGGUUCUACUCAAUAUUUAAAAAACCUUUAUGGCGCUGGAUAUACAUUGGAAAUAAAAUUAAAGCCUCGUGGAGACAUGGAUGAUGUUAAAAAUUUUGUCAUAACAUCAUUUCCAAAUGCAAUCCUCGAAGAAGAAUUUGCUGAUCGAUUGGUAUAUGGUGUUCCUCAAUCAACAGUUGAAUCAUUAGCCCAUUGUUUUUUAAAUCUUGAAAAUGCAAAAAAUAUGUACGACAUUCAAGAGUAUAGUUUUAGCCAAACAACUUUAGAACAAGUAUAUUUGAAAUUCGCACAUUAUGAAGAUAGAGAAAUAACUGAAAACACUACAAUGUAAAUUAAAUCAAUUAAUUACACUUUUAUCAAAACAUGUUUAGGAAAUUCCAACUCUUCCGUGUUUGUUUUCGUUAGAACUCUCAAUCAGUGCCGUUGCCCGUUACCGUACAAUAUGGAGGAGCAUUGCAAAUCCCUAGCUUUGCAAUACGAUUUGUUUGUCAACAGCACCCUCAAGUAUUUGGAUACAGC